AUAAAACUAAAGAAAAACUCUCUUGCAGUAGUUUAAACUAGUAGAGUUAUACAUAGUAGUGGUUAUUAAUUUCCAUAUAUAUAUAUAUAUAUAUAUAUAUAUAUAUAUUACAUCUGUGAUUCAUUUAUAUAUAAUUGCCCUUUUCGAAUGCCAGGAAACUCUCACCGAUUCAAACAUAUCCCUUGCCCGAAAGUAUUCUCGGCAGCCGGGGGACCAUUGCUUAAUAACAAGUACAAUAAUGGGGUGGAAACAUUGAUGGGCAACGCGGCCUGCGCAGGGCUGGCCGCGAUGGUGGCGAUCUUCGCCAUAGGCCACCUUUCGGGCGCACACAUAAAUCCAGCGGUGACUAUUGCCUUCGCUGCAUUGAGGCACUUCCCUUGGGCCCAUGUUCCUGCCUACAUAAUAGUCCAGGUUUCGGGUUCUAUAUCGGCCUCUUUUGCUCUCAAGGCCGUGUUUCAUCCCUUUAUGUCCGGUGGUGUUACGGUGCCUAGCCCUGGAAUUAGCAAUGCCCAAGUUUUCAUGCUUGAAUUCAUUGUCACAUUCUUUCUUAUGUUUAUCAUCACUGCAGUAGCCACAGAUACUCGCGCUGUAGGGAAGUUAGCAGGUAUAGCGAUUGGAGCUACAAUUCUACUUGAUGUACUUCUUGCAGGGCCAACAACAGGAGCUUCAAUGAAUCCUGUACGGACGUUGGGGCCAGCAAUUGCGAGCGGAAACUACAGAGGAAUAUGGAUGUACAUGGUGGCUCCACCCCUUGGGGCCAUUUUUGGGGCUGCUACCUACACCGCGGUCAAGCUCUCCGACAAACAACCAAUUCAGGUUUUGAUUUUCGUGUUUGUGCCGUGUCGAAACCUGUUUUGUUUCUAAUUGGUUGAUUGAUAUAUAUAUAUCAGGGCCGGCCCUGAAAAUAUAUGGGCCCAAGACGAAUUAAAUUUUGGGGCCCUUGAAAAUAUAUAAAAAAAAAAUCAAAAAAAGAGUGUUAUGGGAUUAGCAUCAACCUCUAAGCUAUGAAUAUUUGUUGCUUAUAAUGCACUUAAAUUUUACUUAAAUAAAAGCCUAAUAAAAUUUUUUAUUUUUUUUAUUUUGGCCCCCGGAAAGUGUGGGCCUUAGGCGCGGGCCUAGCCCGCCUAUACCUAAGGCCGGCCCUAUAUAUAUG